AGCGUACUUACUUCCUUUAGCUGUUGUAAGGUCACACACAUGUGUUCUGUGUUUUCAGUAAAAUUACAACAUUAUGGGGAAAAAUAAGAAGGGGUUUAAUUGGAAAGCAAGACUGCAGCCCGAGACUGUUGUUGACAGGUCAUCGGAGAAGGAUGUGAAGGUAGAUAUUGAAGGCUUACAGUCGGAGAAAGGAUUUGAUGAGAGUAAUGUUCUGGCACUACCAUCUCAGAAGAGGGAAUCUGAAAUAACACAGCAGCAUACAAAACUACCAAAGAAACUUACAAAGAAAGAAAGAAGAAAGCUUGAAAAGGUUCUUGAACAGAAGGAGAAGAAAGCAAAGAGGGCAGAUGUACUGGAGUCACUGGCAGCUCACCAAGCCAGCCAGGAUGAGAUGAACCAGUUUGUUGGUAUAGCUGAGAUGCAAACAGGAAAACUGAAAAGAAAACAUGAACAAGCUCAAAAUGACGUCCGUGUUAACACUAUAGCUGGAAGUAAUAAAAAGAGAAGAAAGAUGAUCAGUGAACAGGAAGAAGCAAGUGACAGUGAGUCCAUUCAUACCUCUGAUAUGUCUACAGAUGAAGAGGAUUCAGGGGUGAUAAGUGAUGAAAGAGAUGAAAAGUAUUCAGGGGAAAUAACUGAUGUCAAAAAAGACAAUGAAGGACUGACAGAUAAAAAUUCCUGUGAUAACUGUGAAAAGAACAGAGAUAUUAAUAGCCCAGGAGUAGCAAAUGAUAAACAUAAAACUGGGAAAGUGACUGAUGAAAGUGAAAGAAGUGUUGUGAAUAAUGCUGGUAAUUCUGUCGGAAAAGUGGUCUUUGUAAAAACAAAACAUCAUGUUAGAGGGACAUCAGGGAACUGGACAGUCUGUGAACUAAGAACGGCUUCUGAAAAAGAACAAAACAUAACAGAAAACAUAAAAUCAAAGGGUGAUGAGAAUUCUGUGAAUAAUAAGGGAGUAAUUAAAGAUACAGAAGACAGUAGUAAGCAGAAAGAUGCUCUCUCCAAGUCUGAAGAAAGUGAAGUAAGAAAAGUAGUCAAUAUACCUGUGAUCAGAGACAAAGAGAUUCAGGAUGGGAGGUUAAAGCUACCAAUUCUAGGAGAAGAGCAGGUGAUAAUGGAGAGCAUCAAUGAAAACCCUGUAGUUAUUAUCUGCGGUGAAACAGGAAGUGGUAAAACUACACAAGUCCCACAGUUCCUGUAUGAAGCUGGUUAUGCCCAUGGUGGAGGAAUUAUUGCUGUCACUGAACCUCGAAGGGUGGCUGCUAUCAGUAUGUCUAGUCGAGUUGCUACAGAAAUGUCUCUUUCAAACAGGGAAGUGUCUUACCAGAUUCGUUAUGAAGGAAAUGUGACCCCAGAUACAAAGAUAAAGUUUAUGACUGAUGGUGUACUGUUGAAGGAAGUACAACAGGAUUUUCUGCUAACUAAAUACAGUGUUGUGAUCAUAGACGAGGCUCAUGAAAGAAGUGUAUAUACAGAUAUACUUAUUGGUUUAUUGUCCAGGAUAGUUCCUCUCAGACAUAAGAGAGGUAAUCCUCUAAAACUUGUCAUUAUGUCUGCGACCCUUCGUGUUGAAGAUUUCACUGAGAAUAACAGACUGUUCAGGGUCAAACCUCCUGUUGUCAAGGUUGAUGCUCGGCAGUUUCCUGUUACAAUACACUACAACAAGAGGACACCACUAGAGAAUUAUCUCAAUGAAGCUUACAGAAAGACUUGUAAAAUCCACAAGAUGUUACCAGAAGGUGGUAUACUUGUGUUUGUUACAGGACAGCAGGAAGUGCAUACACUAUGCAGAAAAUUGAAACAGACAUUCCCAUUGGAUAAAAAUAACCCAGGGGCAGUGACGUCCUUGCAUCAGAAGAGAAGGCAUAAACACAGUGAGAAGAACAAAGAACCAGAAAAAGUGGAGCUGCCAAAAAUCAACCUUGACAAUUAUUCAGUGUCACCUUUAGACGAGGAAGCUGAGAGGGAAGGUGGUUCUGAUCUUGACCUUAGUGAUGAUGAUAAUGACCUUGGUAACCAAGGUGAUGUAGAAGAUGAUGACCUUGGCAUUGAAAAUGUCCAUGUCACGGAGUGCUCACAGCCAUUAUAUGUACUGCCACUGUAUUCUUUAUUGUCUACACAAAAACAAAGAAAAGUUUUUGGUCCAGUGCCGGAGGGUUGCAGACUUUGUGUUGUUGCCACAAACGUAGCAGAGACGUCACUUACCAUACCUGGUAUUAAAUAUGUCGUAGAUACUGGAAAGAGUAAGACAAAGUUUUAUGAUAAGGUAACUGGUGUGUCAACAUUCAGGAUCACGUGGACGUCUAAAGCAUCAGCCAAUCAGAGAGCUGGUAGAGCAGGGAGAGUAGGGCCAGGUCAUUGCUAUAGGUUAUUUUCUUCAGCUGUAUUCAAUGAUGAAUUUGAGAAGUUUUCCCCAGCAGAAAUUACUAGGAGACCUGUAGAUGACCUUGUACUGCAAAUGAAGGACAUGAAUAUUGAGAAAGUUGUCAACUUCCCAUAUCCUACACCGCCUGACAAAGAACAGAUACAUGCAGCAGAGAGACUUCUGAUAAGCCUUGGAGCUCUUACAAAACCAGUGGAUCCUAAAUCAUUCAGGGACUCAAACAAAGAACCUGCUACUACUAUAACACCUCUAGGUAGAGCUAUGGCCUGUUUCCCAGUUUCUCCCAGGUAUUCUAAGAUGUUAGCAAUGGGGCACCAGCAGAAUCUGUUGCCAUAUGUAGUGGUGAUUGUGUCAGCACUGUCAGUACAGGAGUUAUUUAUGGAAGUCUAUAGUAAUCCACAGGAUGAAAGCCAGGAAGAACAGUUCAAACAAAGAUUGAUACAUCUGACAGAGGUCAAGAGAAGAUGGGCGGGUGCUGGUCAUUCGUUACUUCUCGGGGACCUGAUGGUGAUGUUGAAGGCUGUAGGUUCCAGUGAGUAUGAGGGUGGGUCAGCCAGCUUCUGUGAAGCCCAUGGUUUAAGGCACAAAGCUAUGAGAGAGGUCAGAAAGCUAAGGGCACAACUAACUAAUUCUGUAAAUACUGUGAUACCAGAUGCCAGUAUUUGUGUGGACCCGAAAAUGUCACCACCAGAUGAUACUCAGGCUAAACUCUUGAGGCAGAUUGUACUGUCUGGUAUGGGAGAUCAUGUUGCUAGAAAACUACCUGAACUUCCUGCCACAAACCCAGAUGCAAAGAAACUUAAAAAUGCUUACCAGUGUCCAAAUCUAGAAGAUCCAGUGUUUUUACAUCCUACAUCAGUUCUGUACAGGGAGAGGCCAGAAUUUGUAGUUUAUCAACAUAUUGAGGAAACUUCAAAAUUAUACAUGAAAGGUAUUACAGCAAUAGAGCCAGAAUGGUUGCCAUUAUUUUCUGAAAGUCAUGUGAUGCUUUCUAAACCAAUGGAAGAACCACCGCCAAGAUAUGAUAAAGUCAGAGGUCAAGUUAUGUGUUAUAUGUCUGGAACAUUUGGUAACCGAGCCUGGCCAAUCUCUCCUGUUGAGCUGGAAUAUCCUACCGGUAUUGAGAAAAUGAAAUGGUUUGCACGAUUUCUCCUCGAAGGUGAAGUGAUAACAACAUUGAAAAAAUUCACUCCUGAUCUGCUGUCGCAGCCGGCAACUAUGAUUAAAACUUGGGCAAAGUUACAACCUAGGACAGAGACCUUGCUGAAAGCUUUAGUCUCAGAAAGGGUAGAUUCUAGAGAUUCUUUACUCCAUGUCUGGAAUAAACAACCUGAUUACCUUCUGUCAGCUCUGAGGGAAUGGUUACCAGAAUCCAAGCAUUUAGAACUGUCAUUAAAAUGGCCACCAGUGAAAUGAUAGAUGGUUUAGAUGUUACAAUUGUUGAUAUAUUAAAUUUUACCUGAAGAA